CACACGGGUGGGGGGGUUCAAAGAGACCGAGCUGUAGCAUCCCCCAGGGGCCCGGCGGGUGGGUGACCGCUGCUGUUGGUAAAAGCACGGGCAAAGCAGCUCGCCGUGGGUGGACCCGGCUCCCUCGCCACGCCUCUCGUCACCCCGGCCAAGCUGUGGCUCCACGGUACAGGGUGAACCAGCCAGCCUGGACCAGGGACGGAGGCCACCGAGACCCCACGGGCAAUGGCAGGAAAAGCCCACAGACUGAGCGCGGAGGAGAGGGAGCAGUUGCUGCCAAACCUGAGAGCCAUGGGGUGGAACGAGGUGGAAGGCAGAGACGCCAUCUUCAAAGAGUUCCACUUCAAGGACUUCAACCGGGCCUUUGGCUUCAUGACCAGAGUGGCUCUACAAGCAGAAAAAGUGGAUCACCACCCUGAAUGGUUCAAUGUGUACAAUAAGCACUUGGGGAAAACGCUCCUGCUCUUUCUGCCAGCAACACUUGGUCGGUCUGUCUGGUUUAGGUUCACAUCACCUUGAGCACCCACGAGUGCGGAGGCUUAUCAGAGCGAGACAUCAACUUGGCCAGCUUCAUCGAGCAGGUUGCAACUUCUCUCUCCUGACUAGAGAGACACACACGAAGCCAAAAAUCAACUCUGCCACUGCCACAACCCGCCCCUCGCCUGGACGGCAGCACCUAGAGCCUUCUCCCACUUGCAAGCUAGUUCCUGGAUCCAGACUGCCUAACGCCACGCCAAACCCCCUCCCCUGCCACAGCUCAGAUGGAUGGAGGCACUCCUUGGGCACCGUGCACGUAACCAUCUCUGAUCUCACCGCUUCCACCCGUAAACUCAUUUCGUCACGAGCUACCAGCCCCCCAAACUGCUGAGCCUCUGCCUUUCAGCAGGCGUGCCCUUUUACCGGGAGUCACGGGACACAAUUGCACCAGUAAACCUUUCCAGAGCCUGACCCCGUUCACCCACUGUGUUAUUGCUUCUUACCUGCUGGAAUAUUUCUACCUGAAACACGGUACACGAAUCCUUUGGUUUCUCUGUAACACACACCAGCAACUGUGAUGUGCAGUUGGGUUAUUACGGUAAGCUCUCUCUAGCAGUAGUAUAGGCAGGCACGUGAUCUCACCCUUAUUGUAACCAGCUUUUAGUAGGAUCCCAACUGAAAAUGUUUACAAUAAACAUCUUGGUUAAACUGA